AUGAAAUUGGAAUCAAUAGAAUUUCCUGCAACACUAAAAUCCUUUUGGAGUGAUGCAUUUUCAAAUUGUGUCAAUCUUUCAACUAUUUUAUGCAAUGGAAAUAUAUCUUCAAUUGGAUUUGCUGCAUUUAAUAAUUGCUAUAAUCUUUUAUCAAUAUCGUUGAAAAGUUCUAAAAUUGAAAUUGAAUCUUAUGCGUUUCAUAAUUGCUACAAUCUUAAUAAUAUAUCAUUACAAGCAGACCUGAUUUCAACUAGUUAUGUUUCCUUUAAUAGUGGUUUUAAUCUUUCAUCUAUUAUAAUUAAUUGCCAAAAUUUAUCAAUAGCUGCAGAUUCUUUUUCCGAUUGCAAUAAGCUAUCUAAUCUUACACUUAAUUGUCAUAUAAUUAAUCUUGGUCCAGCAUCGUUUAAUAGAUGCUAUAGUUUAUUAUCUCUAAAUCUUACAGGAAGUCUUACUUCAAUAGAAAAUCAUGCAUUUGCUGGUUGCUUUGAAUUAGAAUCGCUUUUUAUUAACUGUCCUCUUGUUUCUAUAGCUGAGAAUGCAUUUCAUAAUUGCAGGAAAUUGAAGUCAAUUAAAUUUCCUAAAACAUUACGAUCAAUAGGUUAUAAAGCAUUUUGGAAUUGUCAAAGCUUGAAAACAUGUAUUUUCAGUUCAGACAUAUCGAUAAUUGAUAAUGAAGCAUUUGCUAAUUGUUACAACUUAACUUCUAUAUCAUUAUCAGGGGAUUCUAUUAAAAUCUCUUCAAAUGCAUUUAACAAUUGUUACAAUCUUGAGUCAUUAUUAAUUAGUUGUAAUAAUAUGUAUAUAGAUAACGGAGCAUUUUCUAAAUGUUACAGCUUAGGAAUCCUAUCUCUAAAUUGCAAUAUUACGAAAAUUGGUCGAGGUGCUUUUUCUGAUUGUUAUAAUGUAAAAUCAUUAAUUCUUAAUGGAAAUAUGACUUCGAUAGAAGAAUCUUCAUUUUUGAAUUGUCUUUUAGUUGAAUCCAUUGAAAUAUAUUGUAAUAUCGAAGCAAUUGCUACAAAUUCAUUCGCAAAUUGUAAUAAACUUUCAAAACUAAUACUUCCACCUACAAUCAGCACAAUUGGAGCUUCAGCAUUUACAUCUUGCCACUCCUUACGAUCUCUAUCAAUUACUUCUGAUAAUCUAACAAUAUCCGAUAAGGCAUUUAGUAAUUGUUAUUCAUUGAAAAGUAUAUCAUUAAAUUCUAAUAUUUCAACAAUUUCUAGCAAGGCAUUUGAUAAUUGCAAAAAUUUAACAUAUUUAUCUUUCAAGGGAGGUUCUAUUAACAUAUCAUCGUAUUCAUUCACAAAUUGCCACAAUUUGUCAUGCAUCUUAUUGAAAUGUGCUUCUUCAUAUAUGAGCUAUCUCAGUGAUUCAUCAUUCCAGAAUGCAAAGAAUCUUAAGUCUCUUAUUUUAUACGACAACAAAAUUUCAUUUGGAAAUUUAUUUGAUAACUUAGAAUCACAAUUUACAAUUUUCUAUUAUGGAAAAGAUGAUUUCGAAAAUAAAAGUUCUCUAAGACUCAUUGAGAAGAACAUUGAAAAAGUUUUAACACAUGAAAAAUACACAUCUUCUCAGUUUAUAAAGUUCUUGAACGAAAUCCUACGUGCUUAUACAAGCAAAUUGAAUAUUCAAACAAUCAUGAAUUAG